AUGGAAACAAGAGAGGCAUCACCGAAUCAUUGUCUGAUAAAGAUUGAAUCUUUUUACAAUAGUGGAAAUGACAAGUACGAGACUAAGGAAUUCUGGGCUGGAAGACACAGAUGGAGAUUAAUAAUCUACCCUAAUGGAGACAACACUGUCGGAGAAGAUCGAAACUGUGUUUCUGUAUAUUUGGUUAUGGCGGACACAAGUUCAUACCCUGCUAAUUGGGAGGUGAAUGCCGUCUUCAGCAUCUUUCUCUUUGAUCAGAUUUCAGCCAAUUAUCUUUGUUCACUAGGUAUGAAUAACAAGACGUUUCCUAGGAAUGAAGUCCGAAUGGGGAAUAUCUCUAAAAAAAUCAUGUCUGAACCAUUAAACGGGUACCUAGUCGAUGACACGUGUGUAUUUGGUGCUGAGGUUUUUAUCGUAAAAAAAGAAGCAUCCAUUCCGUAUAUGUCGUUGAAGAACUUUGAUGUUCCUUACAAACGUGAUUGGAAGAUUCAAAACUUCUCGAAAUUGGGAAACUUUUGGAGUUCUGAAGAAUUCAAUGCUGGAGGCCACAAAUGGAAGAUUCGUCUUUACUCGAAAGGAGAUGGAAAAGAAGCCGAAAGCCAUGUCACCAUCUAUCUCUACUAUCUCGGUUCCGAAAGUGUGCAAGCAAAUUAUACCAUAUGUAUCAAAAACCAGGUUUCUGAUCAACACAUGAAAAGAACUUCCAUUGAUCACUUGUUUUCAGCUUCGGACAAUUCGUGGGGAUGGGGUAAAUUCAUGGAGAUUGCAACUAUGAAUAAUCCUAAGAAGGGUUUCGUUGUCAAUGACUCUUGUCUCGUACAUAUCGAAAUCUCCUCGGUCCAAGUCGUUCCGAAUGCGAUGAGUUUGGGGAAGAAAAUUUGA